AUGGCCAUCAGGGUAGGUGAUUCAGUGGAGAUAUGCUGCAACGAAGAUGGGUUCUUGGGUUCCUACUACGAGGCCAAGAUUAUUGCCAAACGGGGUAAAAACAAGUUCCUGGUGGAGUACAAAACUUUACUCAAAGAAGAUAAUGAAAAAGAGUUGCUCAAGGAGGUUGUUGAAGCUUCAACAGUCAGGCCUUUACCUCCUCAGAUAAAUGUCUCGGAGUUUCAUGUUCUUGAAAAAGUGGACGCUUUUGAUAAUGAUGGUUGGUGGGUUGGAAGAAUCUCGGGUAGAGCUGGCUACAAAUACUACGUGUAUUUCGAGAGUUCAGGGGAUGAGUUUCUGUAUCCGUUUGGCAGCCUCAGAAUUCAUCAGGAAUACGAGAAUGGCCAGUGGAUUCCUGCUAAUAAGAGGGCUGAUACCUGA